UUCGUGUGGGACGCAGUGAAUAUUCACAACUCUACGCUUAGUUCUGUUGGCAAUACCGAAUGAAAUAGUGGCAGCGGUAUGAGAGUUUCCAGCCGGUGGUUACACGCCAUCGUUUUUGUUGUCCCUCUGUGGCAAACGUGCGGACUUGCCAUGAACCAAAUUUGCAGCUACUGGCCCGGUAGUGGCUACAUAGGUGAUCCGAGCGACUGCCACAGCUGGGGAUACUGUAAAAAUAAUAAGCUAUCGGCUAAAGGAGAAUGCCCCAAUGGCUUGUUUUACGAUGCCCAAUCAGGAACAUGCCAGCAGGCGCAUCUGGUGCGAUGUGCACCUCAGUAUUGGGAACUAUGCGCUCAGAGACGGAGAGGAGAGUAUGUUUCUGACCCGUUGGAUUGCAGAAAAUACAAACAAUGUGAUGAAGAGGGCGGCAAAAUUGAAGAGAAUUAUUGCGCCGGUGGAUAUGUGUUUAGCAACAGGCUGCAGACAUGUGUUUCAAGUGCAAACGGAUGUGCAGAGGAGACUCUUUCCAUAUGCGGCUACGUGCAGAAUGGUACGACCUUGGGAGACCCCUUGAACUGUGGCCUUUACUUGGAGUGUCAAAGUGGAACAGGCAUUCGACGAGCCUGUACAGCUGCUCGUUACUACAACCACAACACCGGGCGCUGCCAGACAACACGUCCAAAUCAUUGUCCCAGUGACGAGAAUAGCUAUAAGCCUGCCAAUUAUCCGCCUCCUGCUAUGGAUGCCUCCGUUUGUACUGACUUCUAUCAGGAUAACCAUUCAGGAAUUCAACUUAUUACAGAUGCCCAGACUUGCCAUGGUUACUACACGUGUGGCUCCAAAUAUGUCCUCGGGAUUUGGCACAGCUGUCCACACGGGACUCACUUCCAAUGGUGGAGUCAAAAGUGUGUUACCCCCGAGUCCUACAGCUGCCCGUACGAUCGGUGUGGUAAUCUGAACUCGUCCCUAGUCGCUGGUAUAAACUCAGGUUGCUCUGAAUAUAUAUACUGUCAAGAUCAAACAUCUCAGCAAAUAGGUAAAUGCCCGGAAGAGUUACCAUACUUUGACGAAAAGAGAGGCGCCUGCAUUAGGGAUUUUCCGAACUAUACUGUAUGCUUUAUGGAUGGUUGA